AAGUCUUCUUGAGCUUGAGCGCUAGACGAAUUCAGUGACCGUCCACAUCCAUCAUCCUCAACCUCAACAACCCAUCCCAGUUAUUUCAUCGUCAGGAAUGCUCAAUAAUUGCAGGUUUAGACUCGUAUUCGCUUUUAUUAUUCAUCCCAUUUACGAAGGCUCCUUGCCCGACUCCGACGUGUUUCUGUCAUCGUUAGACCGUUCGAGGUGGUAUUCGUGGUUAUCAUCUUCGAUUACAAUGUACUCGUCAUGAUCAAAGGAUUCGGUACCACCCUACAUCACUCACCAUUGUCCACUACCAAUGCUUUGACCAUCGUUUCUCUCAUGCCACAAUCCCAAUCCACAUUUAUCAAUGCUCUAUUGUGGCCUAUAAAAUGCGGUUCAAAGGUUGGAUUCACAUUUAUCACAUCUCUAUACUCCCCACCCUCGUCUCCCCACCCACAUAUUAUAGAAAAAUGGCUACCCUCGAAAUUCAAUUCGCAAAUGAGACACUGACUCUUUGGAGAUGGCCAACAAGUAACGACCUCCCUUCACCUUUUGACAUUCCCCACCAAACAGCCAUCGUCUUAAAAGACAAAAUCAACCGCCCCAGUGAGACUUUCCCUCCAUCCGGGAUGGUCGUCUCAGCCGCCUCUCUCGGUCCUCACAACUGGAACACAGACAUCGCCGGACACCUAGGGAUCCCUGUCGUACUGAAAUUUGCUACGGGCGAAGAGAAUAUCAGUCUUCUCCAGCGGGAAGCUACAUUUUAUGAAAACGAGCUUCGGAGAUUGCAAGGGAGUGUAGUUCCGAGAUGUUACGGGCUUUAUCAGGGGAAGGAGGAUCGUGGUGAUUGUGGACUUAAUGUAAGCACUUCGUGUCUGGUUUUGGAAUAUUGUUCUGGACAUGUCGGAGGGCAUGCGAUGACUUGUAGCGAGUUCAAGUGCGUUUCGGAGCAAAAACCCCACGGGUUUUUUAUGAUUAUCAUCUCUCACAUCGUGAUUGUAUAGGCAAAGAGCUAAACUCGCGAUUUCAUGCCUUCACCAAGCUGGCGUUGGACAUGGAAAACUUUAUGAUAAGAGGAAUAUCCUUGAUUUGGGGUAUAGGCAAGGAAUCCGGAUUGUGGAUUUCGCUGGUGCUUAUCUGCAUGAAUGUCUUGAUGCUGGUCCUGGCUAUGGGAUGGAUCAUGGGUAUCUUGGAGGAGCUUGUGGAGAACUCGAGAGCAUCUUUUCGUCGACGUCUAAAGACAUUGAAUCUCGUGGAUCGCCAUGAAUCCUUGAAUUGUCAUUGUUUAGGAGUGGUGUCCGGCGUUUGUAUUUCUAGGACUGCUUAUUUAUAUGUGCUAG